AUGUUCUUUGAUGGAUCUGAACGCCGAGAUGGAGCAGGGGAAGGAGUGGUAUUGAUAUCUCCAGAACGACUAAUCUUACCAUUCUCAUUUGUUCUAGUUGUACCAUUAAAAGAGGUGAAGAAGGAAAAUGUUGUUGAUUUUGUCAAAUCAAACAUAAUUUAUAGAUAUGGCAUUCCAAGAUGUAUAGUCACUGAUAAUGGAACACAAUUCAACAAUAAACUCAUGAGUAGUUUGUGCGAGAAGUUCAGUUUUAAGCAACGUAAAUCUUCAAUGUACAAUGCACCAGCCAAGGGUCUUGCUGAAAUUUUUAACAAGACACUUGGUAACCUAUUGAAGAAAGUUGUUGCAAAGAAUAAAAGAGACUGGCAUGAGAGAGUUGGUGAAGGUUUGUGGGCAUAUAGUACAACAUUUAGAACGGCUACGCAAGCGACUCCAUUUUCCUUGCUAUAUGGCAUAGAAGUUGUCCUUCCAUUGGAGAAGAAAAUUUCAUCGUUGUGA